UUAUGUGGGUAAAAAGAAGAAACCAGGAGUGCUAGAGGAGAUAUUUUUCAAAGAAGAAAAGAUGGCUGGAAUAUCACAAGAUUGGGAGCCGGUGGUGAUUCGCAAAAAAGCGCCGACCGCCGCCGCAAGAAAGGACGAGAAAGCAGUCAACGCCGCCCGCCGCGCCGGUGCUGAGAUCGAAACCGUCAGAAAAGCUACUGCAGGGUCAAACAAGGCUGCAUCUAGCAGCACAACUUUGAACACCAGGAAGCUUGAUGAAGAUACCGAGAACUUGUCACAUCAAAAGGUACCAACUGAAUUGAAGAAAGCCAUUAUGCAAGCACGACAAGAUAAGAAGUUGACUCAGUCUCAACUUGCCCAAUUGAUAAACGAGAAACCACAAAUCAUUCAGGAGUACGAGUCUGGAAAGGCAAUUCCAAACCAACAGAUAAUCUCUAAACUGGAGAGAGCUCUUGGUGCGAAACUUCGCGGAAAGAAAUAAAGGUUGAAAUAGUGAACCUGAUAAAAAAUAGUGAACCUUUUGAAUUAGACUGUCUGUUUGUGUCCUAAAAGUGGUCAUGUACAUGAGCUUUUUUACUUUAACCACUAUGGUACUUGUUGUAUCUGGAUUCAUGAAUGUGGUUUUCGUGGUUAACUUGGGUGUUUUUUCUUGUGGAAAAUGAGGUGCUUACUCUUGUGGCGCA